GUCACAGCGGCAUUACUCACCAACCAUUGCAGUCAUGGCAGUAAGCGGCUCUUUCUGCCGCCACAUCUUCCUCUACUAUUGCUCUGAAGCCGAGGACUGCUGCACAUUAGCAUGGCGUCAGCAUACUAUGAGUUUUACCGGGGGUCAUCGAUCGGAAUGGCCCUGACAGACUCGCUGGACGAGCUUAUCACGAGCGGCGCUAUCACACCACAAUUGGCCAUGAAAGUUCUUCAACAGUUUGACAAGUCGCUUGCGGAUACGAUGGUCAAGCAGGUGAAAACCAAGACCACCCUCAAGGGCAACCUGCGGACAUACCGCUUGUGCGAUGAUGUAUGGACAUUUAUCGUCAAAAACCCGUCCUUCAAGAUGGAGUCGAACGAAAUGGUAUCUGCGCCUCGCAUAAAAAUAAUUGCGUGCAAAAAUGGAGACGCCAUUGAAGCAGGCAAGAAGUAGUACUAGUAGCACAUAGGCCCUGCUUUAUCUGAC